AUGAGAUCAUAUAAAACUGCUAAUAUAAUAGAAAUCUUAUUGUAUUUUUCAUUUGUUCCUAAAUGUGAACCUACAAAAAAUUCAUAUUUAUUGAAGUUAAAAGAUUUUAUUGAUAGUCAUGACAAUAUAUGUGUACUAACAGGAGCAGGAAUAUCUACAGAAAGUGGUAUUCCUGAUUAUAGAUCUGAAGGUGUUGGUCUUUAUGCAAGAAGUAAUCAUAAACCAGUUCUUUAUAAAGAUUUUUGUAAUAGUGAUGCUAUUAGAAGACGAUAUUGGGCUAGAAAUUAUAUAGGUUGGCCAAGAUAUAUUAUUACUCAAAAUGUUGAUAAUUUGCAUACAAAAGCAGGUAGCAAAAAAGUGAUAGAAUUACAUGGAACAGCAUUUAGAGUAAUGUGUCUUAAUUGUAAUGAAAGAAUAUGUAGAUAUUAUUUACAAGAUAUUUUUGAUAGGAUUAAUCCAAAUAUGACAAUAACUAGUCAAAUGAUCAGACCUGAUGGAGAUGUAGAACUGACACAAGAGCAAGUAGAAGAAUUUAAAGUUCCAACAUGCGAAAAAUGUAAUGGUAUUCUUAAACCAGAUAUAAUCUUCUUUGGUGAUAAUGUUCCACGUCAAAUUGUAGAAAAUAUAAAAUAUAAUAUUAAGCAUUCAGAUUCGCUUUUAAUUAUAGGUACUACAUUAACUACAUUUUCUAGCUAUCGAAUAGCAUUACAAGCUAAUAAUAUUGGAAAACCUAUAGCUAUAUUGAAUAUUGGAAAAACUAGA